UUGCUUUUAAUCUCCUAUAAGACCAAACCGUCAAAUGCCGUGCUUUCCAUUCAUCUGCAAACAAAAAUGGCAUCGAAUCAUGAAGAACAUAUUUUUCGAAGCCGAUAUGCAGCGGUUCCGAUUCCUGAUAACAUGACCCUGCCAGAGUUUGUGCUACAUGAUGUUGAAUUGUAUGCCGAAAAGGUGGCGUUUGUGGAUGCUUUUUCGGGGAAAGAAUAUACGUAUGGUGAAGUUAGUAGAGAUGUUAAGAGGUUUGCCAAGGCAUUGAGGUCACUUGGCCUUAGGAGGGGACAUGUUGUGAUGGUUGUACUUCCUAACAUCGUCGAGUAUCCAAUUGUUGCUCUGGGAAUUAUGGCUGCUGGUGGCGUUGUUUCGGGCGCCAAUCCAGCUUCACAUGUGUCUGAAAUCAAGAAACAAGCUGAGUCUGCAGAUGCCAAGUCCAUUGUCACCGAUGCCACAACAUAUGAAAAGGUGAAAAGUCUGGGACUACCAAAUGUUAUAGUAGGGGAAAAACGCGUAGAAGGUUCCAUAUAUUGGAAUGAAUUGCUUGAUGCAGCAGAGCGAGCAAGCGAUAGCAUUAUGAAUGAAAAAGUGCAACAAUCUGAUAUAUGUGCCCUGCCAUUCUCAUCAGGCACCACAGGGCUCUCCAAAGGUGUCAUGUUGAGCCACCGCAACUUAGUUGCCAAUUUGUGCUCCACACUCUUCAGUGUAGGUCCGGAACUAGUGGGAAAUGUCACCACAUUAGGCCUUAUACCGUUUUUUCAUAUAUAUGGCCUUACUGGAAUUUGUUGUGCUGCACUAAGAAACAAAGGGAAAGUUGUGGUGAUGAACAGGUACGAGCUACGGACAUUUCUGAAUGCACUGAUCAAAUAUGAAGUCACUUUCGCGCCAAUUGUGCCACCUAUCAUCCUGGGAUUGGUUAAAAACCCCAUUGUGGAUGAAUUUGAUCUUAGUAAGCUGAAGCUCAGGUCUAUCAUGACAGCUGCUGCACCUCUAGCUCCAGAAAUCCUUGCUGAGUUUGAGAAAAAAUUCCCAGAUGUCGUAGUCCAAGAGGCAUAUGGAAUGACAGAACAUAGCUGCAUUACACUCACACACGGAGAUCCUAAUAAAGGCCAUGGCAUCGCAAAGAAGCACUCGGUUGGUUUUAUACUUCCUAAUUUGGAAGUAAAGUUCAUCGAUCCUGAUACGAAUCAUUCCCUCCCUCAAAACACACCCGGGGAGGUCUGUGUAAGAAGCCAAUGCGUGAUGGAAGGGUACUACAAGAAUGAGUAUGAAACUGCACACGCCAUUGAUAAAGACGGGUGGCUACACACCGGUGAUAUUGGCUACAUUGAUGAUGACGGGGAUGUGUUCAUCGUAGAUCGCAUUAAAGAGCUCAUCAAAUUCAAAGGAUUUCAAGUUGCUCCAGCGGAACUAGAAGGCAUCCUUCUAACACAUCCCUCAGUAGAAGAUGCUGCAGUUGUGGGGUUACCAGACGAGGAAGCAGGGGAAAUACCAGGAGCCUGCGUGGUGAUGAACAAAGAAGCAAAAGACAGUGAGGAGGAAGUGAUGAGUUUCGUGGCCUCAAAUGUGGCGCACUACAAGAAAAUCAGAGUGCUGCAAUUCGUGGAUUCGAUUCCCAAAUCGUCGUCGGGGAAGAUCAUGAGAAGGGUGAUCAAAGAUAAGAUGAUCCAAACGAUCAAGACCAGUUGCCCUACAACAACUCGCAAGGGGGCUUUCUAGUUAUUAACAAACGAUAGAGGACUUGUCCAAACAUUUCAGUGUUGUAUGCUUCAUUAUCACCAUGUUUUAUAUUCAGGCCUAAUAAUUAUAAAUAUCAACAAUGAAUCAUUGACUGUAUUAUUCGAA